GUGCGUUGACUUCCUAUUUUACGCACGUCAGGCAUGGCGGUCUUAGGACCUGUAGCGGAGUAAACACUUGCCCUAAUGAUGUUUUAACGAGACAAUAUAUAUUUUAUUAACUAUUAACAUAGACAGGCCAGCUACAACGUGCCUCCUUUGUGUAUUCAUUUUAUAAAUGUUAACGUUAACAGUCAGAACGUUUGCCUUUGCCGUACAAAGUCAAGAAACCUAUAUGGUUAGCGUCAUAUUGUCCUAGCAUAGGAAGCUAGAUAGCAUUCGCGUUGCAAAAUCCAUCUAAUCUCUGACAUUCUCCGGGAGGCCGGGAGGGCAACAAUGCAAGGUGAAACCACAGGAAUACGAAUUUCUGAGAGCGAAGGAAAACUCGAUGGCCUCACCCAGAACAAGGUGCAGGGUUCCAUUACAAGAGGGAGCUCGAAAAGUUGGCAAUACAGUGACCAUAUGGAAAAUGUCGAUGGUUACCUGAUGAAGUAUACCAACCUGGUCACUGGGUGGCAAUACAGGUUCUUUGUCUUAAACAAUGAAUUGGGGCUUUUGGAGUACUUUGUCACUGAACAGUCACGGUCUCAGAAGCCACGAGGAACAUUACCUCUGGGGGGUGCAGUUAUCUCCCCCAGUGAUGAGGACUCGCACACGUUCACCGUUAAUGCCAUCAGUGGGGAGCAGUACAAACUAAGAGCUGCCGAUGCCAAAGAGAGACAGCACUGGGUGAGCCGGCUACAGAUAUGCACUCAGCAUCACACCGAAGCCAUGGGAAAGACCAACCCACCUCUGAAGGCCCGCAGCCUGUCGGUGGCCUCCCAGGGCAGUUGCUCCCCCACCUCGCAGCGCCGCAUUAGCCAGAACCCGGGCUCCCUCUUGGGCAUCUCCCAGAUGCAGCUCGGCUCCAACUCCCCGUACUCCAGUAAACGGUCGCUGUUACCAGACCACCUGCUGGAGGCCCGAGAGAUGAUGCAUCAGGCUCAGGGGCAACACCGGGACUUGAUCCUUAGCAUCGAGGGCCUGCCGUCAUCCGCUGGCCCCUCUCCUUUGGACCAGGACCUCCUGCUGCUCAAGGCCACCUCUCUGGCCACCAUGACCUGCCUGAGCGACUGCUUGCAGAUCCUCCAGCUGCAGCAGGUGGCGCGCCAGAGGAUUCCCCUGGGAGGGCCCACCAUCGAGUGGCUGGAGCCCAAGCUGCCCGACAUCCUGAAGAAUGGCGGCUCGCCGCUCAGCAGCACCAAAGACGACUCCAGCAAAUCGGAGGGAGGCGCGCACGAGAACCUGGAGAUGGACACCUGCUCAGCCGCCGGGGAGCAGGAGGAGAUAAAUGCUGACGAGGAGCUGGAGGACUCGGCGCCUGACGAGGAGGAGGAGCUCGAGGCCAUGGAAGAGGAGCGCAGUGUCAUCCUGCACCUCCUGUCCCAGCUGAAACUGGGCAUGGACCUCACCAGGGUGGUGCUGCCCACGUUCAUCCUGGAGAAGCGCUCGCUGCUGGAGAUGUACGCCGACUUCAUGUCCCACCCGGACCUGUUUGUGGCCAUCACGGACGGGCCCAGCCCCUUGGAGCGCAUGGUGCGCUUCGUGGAGUACUACCUGACCUCCUUCCACGAGGGCCGCAAGGGCGCCAUCGCCAAGAAGCCCUACAACCCCAUCAUCGGCGAAACCUUCAACUGCUCCUGGGAGGUGCCCAAGUCCGCUACCGGCGCCACCCCUGGCACUGGCACCGGCACCCCACCGGACCCAGAGGCCUCAGACUCUUACCUGCUGCGCUACGUGGCUGAGCAGGUGUCCCACCACCCGCCCGUCUCUGGCUUCUACGCCGAGUGCCCGGAGAGACGGAUCUGCGUCAACACCCACGUGUGGACCAAGAGCAAGUUCAUGGGCAUGUCCAUUGGGGUGUCCAUGGUGGGGGAAGGUUGCCUGCAUCUGCUGGAGCAUGAUGAAGAGUACACCUUCACGCUGCCCUCGGCCUACGCCCGCUCCAUCCUCACUGUCCCCUGGGUGGAGCUGGGGGGCAAGAUCAACGUUAACUGCGCCAAGUCGGGCUACUCUGCUGCUAUCACAUUCCAGACCAAGCCCUUCUAUGGUGGCAAACUGCACAGAGUGAGUGCCGAGGUGAAACACAACCCCACCAACGCGGUGGUGUGCCGGGUGCAAGGCGAGUGGAACGGCGCGCUAGAGUUCACCUACAGCAGCGGCGAGACCCGCGUCAUCGACGUCACCAAGCUGCCCGUCACCCGCAAGCGCGUCCGCCCCAUCCAGAGGCAGGGACCAUACGAGUCCAGGCGUCUGUGGCAGCACGUGAGCGAGUCUCUGAAGCAGAGGGACAUUGAGACGGCCACGGAGCACAAACGCUUCCUGGAGGAGCGUCAGAGGACCGAGGAGAGGCAUCGCACAGAGACCCAAACACCCUGGAGGACCAAAUGCUUCGAGAGACAAGGUGAAGGCUGGGUGUACUACAAGCCGCUGUGGAAGACGGGCAGCCAGAGCCCCACGCUGAGCACCUCUCAGACCAGUCUCUGAGCUCCCCAGUGGCUCAUCGCUCCCCUCCACCCCCAUUACAUGUUCCAUCUCUUCACCCUAUGGACAAACUCCCUCUCCUCUCCCAUCCCCUCCCUGCCCAUACCGACUCUUGAGAUGAUUUGCUUAUUCAGGUUGUAAGACUGUUGUGCAUCAUGGAAUGGUGGAACCCGCUCUCCUGGCAGAGUGAGGCGCUCGUGAUUUCUUUGCAUCCCCUUAAUUGGAUAUUUUCUCUUGUUUUUUUGUCUUUCUUUUUCUUUUUGUAUCAUUUCAAUGCUGACUGCUCUGUGGACAGUCCCCAAGUACACACAGAUAUCCUUUGCUGACGUUGCCUUAAAUGAGAUGUGCUUGUUGUUUAUGUGCAAUGAGUGAUGGUGUGCUUUUAGGGUGGUGGUUGGACCUGGUCGUUUGUUUGUUUGUUUGUUUGUUUGUUUGUUUGAUUGAUUGUUUUUGUUGUUGUUUGUUUUCCUCUCCCAUCUGAGCUAGUGCUACACUGACUGUGGCACCAGUUCGGUUUUAAACUAAAAUAAAUAUAGUUUUUAAAUGAAAAAAUAACCUAUCGAUUAAAAUAAGUGAUGUGCUAAUGGAUAUGACAAAUGAGAGGAUCAUUGGCAACAGAGGGAAUGCUUUAUUUUCUUGUUGCAGGAUGCAAGGGAACCUGACUCAACACUGCGUGUGACCAGGCAAGGCUCUGGUUUUGAAUGCGUUCUGAAGUGGUUAUGCAUAAAGAAGCUGCUGAAGUGUGAAGCUGUGAUGUGACCAACCAGAUGGCUGCAUGGCUCCUCUGACUGGGGCCCGUGCAGCAGUCUGAUCAGGUCCACAUGCCCAGAUUACAGCUUGUCCGAUAGGAAAGACACAGGGAGGUUUAGUCUAAGGCUAGUCUAUAAAGAGGGCCACCAGCGAGAGCCAAAGACCCCCACAUUCCCCUGUGAAGCUUAGAGGGGCUUCCUCUUGGAGAGUGCAGACUUCUCUGGAAACCUCCUCUGAUUGGCCGAUUUUUGGGAGCCUCACUAGCACACCCUUGACAUUCCACACCCCCAACCCCCCCCCCUCUUAUCUCGUCACCCACUUUGCAUUAUGCAUGUGACUGCUCAUCUAUGCUCUCUCGCUGGUAUGAAUCUACCUCUUCUCGAGCCAUCUCUUCUCAAGGGCAAUCAAACGUUUGAAAGAAAGAAAGCUUGUGUGGAUUUUGGGUUUGGCUUUACCUUACGUUCUACUUUCUCCUCCUUUCUCUUUCCCUUUUUGUUGGUUUUGAACCAAAAUUGUAACUGGAUCAAGUAAACACUAUGGACAAGGAAUUGCUUUUUUUUUUAAUAAUCGUAACGUUGUGCAUCAUGUGUUUUGAGCUAACGGAGGCCCACUAGCUCACAGCGCGGUUCGCGGUUCUUUGGUAACGGUUUGAAGCAAGCUUGCUCCCAGUUUAGCAACACGUGGCGUGAAAGCAGGAUGUUGAGAAACUUGUGGUGCCUUAUUUGUAUUCGUCUUCCAACCCCACCCCUCCAUCACAUUAGAUCUCUCCAUAUCCAUCUCCCCCUGCAGUUUUCUCAUGAGCUAAUACAAACUAAGAGGUACCUACCACACACACCACACACACUCACCACCACCCACAGUCUAUGUGUAUGUAUCCCUCCUUGGCUUUCUAGAGCUGAGGAUGCAUUCUUCUUCAGGAUUGUAAGGUGUGACAUGAUGACCUUUUUUCUUUUACCGCCCCCCCCCCCUCCCUUUUUGUGUUCUCCAUUCAACCUGUAUAUCUUGCUGAGCUGUGAAUUGCACUGAUAUUUUAACAACACUCCCUGUAGCCUGAGAUCCUGAUGAAUGAAUAAAAUUGCUAAUAUAUUUGUUGAGGA